GUUCCCCCACAGCUCGCCAGGAAAAAGACGGUGAUCCGGACGUUGGGUCUUUUCUAAGGUCCUGUUUGAAUGUGUCGGACCCCCACCUCCCCCUCUACCCCCUCCCCAGUCCCACCCACCGCUCUCCAACACAAACACACCACCAGUCCUCAUUUACUGGAUCUGCGCUUUGUUAUCAGAGCCUUCCCCUCCUCUGCCUCUCUUAUUCCAGGAGAGAGAAGGGAAGUUUAUUUCUUCCUUUUCUGACGGAUUGGUUUCGGACUCAUUCUGGAUCUUGCGUCCUCCGCUGCAGGACCCACACAGCUCGAUGCAGCCACGAAUGUGGGCUAAUUAGACUGGCAAAGAAACUGGUUUAAGCGCCGGAACAAAAGGACGCCGAAGAGCUUUCUUUUUUUCUUCUUCUUCUCCACCCGGUGUGUCAAUCAUUUCCCCACCACUGCAGUUGUCAAGUUGGGAGCCCUGUUGGGAAAUGGACAAACCCCUCUGAAGUGAAGAAGCCGCUCUUCCUCACCAACACAACCACAGGACUUGAUUUGGACGAGGAUCCCCGAGAGGAGAACAUGUUUACAUCCCUGUUUCCAUGGUAACCCCAGAGGAGCAUGCACAUCCGGGUCAGGAGUUAGCCUCAGCGUUCGUCUCCUCCGCCUGCCUCCUGUGAGAACUACACUACCCACAAUUCCUGUGAACUGACAGAAACACACUCUGACAUUUAUUGUAUCAGUGUUACAACAAAACAAACCAAAAAAAAAAAACACUCAGAGGAACAAAAACUACAAAAACAACAACAAGAACUACAACUCUGCUGUGAAGAGGACCAACAUGGCCAACAACACGGCGGACCACCCUCCGGGGAACUCGGUGGCCGAGGGGAACCAUGACGGGGACUUUGGGAUGACCACGGAGGACCUUAGGGACCUGAUGGAGCUGCGGAGCGCCGAGGCAGUCAACAAGAUAACGGACACGUACACGGACGUGCAGGGCAUCUGCCGCCGCCUGAAAACAUCACCCAUAGAAGGUUUGUCUGGAAACCCCGUCGAUUUGGAAAAACGUCAUGCGGCGUUCGGCAAGAACUUCAUCCCCCCAAAGAAGGCCAAGACAUUCCUGCAGCUGGUGUGGGAGGCUCUGCAGGACGUCACGCUUAUCAUCCUGGAAAUCGCUGCAAUCAUCUCGCUGGGCUUGUCCUUCUACCAUCCACCAGGGGGCGAUAGUGAAGCAUGCGGACAAGUUGCAGGAGGCGUCGAGGACGAGGGCGAGUCCCAGGCUGGCUGGAUAGAAGGCGCCGCCAUCUUGUUCUCUGUGAUCAUCGUGGUUCUGGUGACGGCCUUCAACGAUUGGUCCAAGGAGAAGCAGUUCCGCGGUCUUCAAAGUCGCAUCGAGCAAGAACAAAAGUUCACCGUCAUCCGCAAAGGCCAGGUCAUCCAAAUCCCUGUGGCCGAGCUCGUGGUGGGAGACAUCGCUCAGAUCAAAUACGGAGACUUGCUGCCUGCUGACGGGAUCCUGAUCCAAGGCAACGACCUGAAGAUUGACGAAAGCUCUCUGACUGGUGAAUCCGACCAUGUCCGCAAGUCUAUGGAGAAAGACCCCAUGCUUCUGUCCGGGACCCAUGUCAUGGAGGGAUCGGGCAGGAUGUUGGUGUCAGCCGUCGGCCUCAACUCUCAGACCGGCAUCAUCUUUACUCUACUGGGCGCCAGCGAGCACGAUGAGGAGAAGAAGGUCAAGAAAAGUAAAAAACAAGGACCCCCCGAAAAUCGCAACAAAGCCAAAACCCAGGACGGCAUCGCCCUGGAGAUCCAGCCGCUGAAGAGCGAGGAGGCCGCCGAGUCCGAGGAGAAGGAGGAGAAAGAGGAGGUGAAGCAAGUGAAGAAGGUCAACGUGACAAAGAAGGAGAAGUCGGUGCUGCAGGGCAAACUGACCAAACUGGCUGUGCAGAUCGGGAAGGCUGGUCUGAUCAUGUCGGCCGUGACCGUCAUCAUCCUCAUCCUCUACUUCGUCAUCGACACAUUCGCGGUUCAGGGACGCUCCUGGGUAGCCGAGUGCACCCCCAUCUACAUCCAGUACUUCGUGAAGUUCUUCAUCAUCGGUGUCACGGUGCUCGUGGUCGCCGUUCCAGAGGGGCUGCCGCUCGCCGUCACCAUCUCUCUGGCUUACUCUGUCAAGAAAAUGAUGAAGGACAAUAACCUGGUGCGUCACCUGGACGCCUGUGAGACCAUGGGAAACGCCACGGCCAUCUGCUCGGACAAAACGGGAACGCUGACCAUGAACAGGAUGACGGUGGUGCAGGCGUACGUCGGUGACACGCACUACAAAACUGUUCCUGAACCUGACGCCAUCAAACCUGAGACUCUGGAAAUCAUGGUCAACAGUAUCUCCAUCAACUCUGCCUACACCACCAAGAUCCUGCCUCCGGAGAAAGAAGGCGGCCUUCCUCGCCACGUCGGCAACAAGACGGAGUGCUCUCUGCUCGGCCUGGUUCUGGAGCUGAAGAGAGACUACCAGCCAAUCAGAGAUGAGGUCCCUGAAGAGAAACUCUACAAGGUGUACACCUUCAACUCCUCCCGUAAGUCCAUGAGCACCGUGCUGAAGAACGCUGACGGAGGCUACAGGAUGUACAGCAAGGGAGCGUCGGAGAUCGUCCUGAGGAAAUGUUCUCGUAUCCUGGACGCGCAGGGUCAGCCCCGAAUCUUCAAGCCGAAGGACCGUGACGAGAUGGUGCGUAAAGUGAUCGAGCCGAUGGCGUGCGACGGGCUCAGGACGAUCUGUGUGGCGUACAGGGACUUUCCUGCCGAGGCCGGAGAGCCGGACUGGGACAGCGAGAACGACAUCCUGAACGAGCUCACCUGCAUCGUCGUGGUCGGCAUCGAGGACCCCGUCAGACCCGAGGUACCUGAGGCUAUUUCCAAGUGUCAGCGUGCCGGCAUCACAGUGCGCAUGGUCACCGGAGACAACAUCAACACCGCCCGCGCCAUCGCCACCAAGUGUGGCAUCCUGCUGCCCGGGGAGGACUUCCUGUGUCUGGAGGGUAAAGAGUUCAACCAGCAGAUCAGAAACGACCAAGGAGAGGUGGAGCAGGAGCGUCUGGACAAAGUUUGGCCCAAACUUCGCGUUCUGGCUCGUUCCUCUCCAACAGACAAACACACUCUGGUCAAAGGAAUCAUCGACAGCACGGUGGGAGAAACUCGACAGGUGGUGGCGGUGACGGGAGACGGAACCAACGACGGCCCUGCCCUCAAAAAGGCCGACGUGGGCUUCGCCAUGGGUAUCGCCGGUACAGACGUGGCCAAGGAGGCGUCCGACAUCAUCCUGACCGACGACAACUUCACCAGCAUCGUCAAAGCCGUCAUGUGGGGAAGAAACGUCUACGACAGCAUCUCCAAGUUCCUGCAGUUCCAGCUGACCGUCAACGUGGUGGCCGUGAUCGUGGCGUUCACCGGCGCCUGCAUCACACAGGACUCUCCACUGAAGGCCGUCCAGAUGCUCUGGGUCAACCUCAUCAUGGACACUCUGGCGUCUCUCGCUCUGGCCACCGAGCCACCCACCGAGUCUCUGCUGCUGCGUAGACCGUACGGCCGCAACAAGCCGCUCAUCUCCAGGACCAUGAUGAAGAACAUCCUGGGCCACGCCGUGUACCAGCUCGUCAUCAUCUUCACGCUGCUCUUCGCUGGUGAGAGCAUUUUCGACAUCGAUAACGGCCGUAACGCUCCCCUGCACUCACCGCCGUCUGAGCACUACACCAUCGUCUUCAACGUGUUCGUCAUGAUGCAACUCUUCAACGAAAUCAACGCCAGGAAAAUCCACGGAGAGAGGAAUGUGUUCGAGGGCAUCUACAGGAACCCCAUCUUCUGCAGCGUCGUACUGGGAACCUUCGCCCUGCAGAUCAUCAUCGUUCAGUUCGGAGGGAAGCCGUUCUCCUGCACGGCUCUGACCAUCGACCAGUGGCUGUGGUGCGUGUUCAUCGGCGUGGGAGAGCUGCUGUGGGGACAGCUGAUCUCGGCCAUCCCCACGCACCACCUGAAGUUCCUGAUGGAGGCGGGUCACGGCACCACGAAGGAGGAGAUCCACGAGGAGGAGCUGACGGAGGGCGCCGACGAGAUCGACCAUGCCGAGAUGGAGCUGAGGAGAGGCCAGAUCCUGUGGUUCAGAGGUCUGAACCGCAUCCAGACGCAGAUUAAGGUGGUGAACGCUUUCCGUAGCUCCUUGUACCCGGCGGGGCUGGAGAGCCCAGAGUCCCGUAGCUCCAUCCACAGCUUCAUGGCCCAUCCCGAGUUCGUCCCGCUGUCCGAGGAGGAGGCUCGCAUCCCCCCCAUCGAGGAGACCGGAGACGAGAUCGAACCCCUACCAAGCCCCUCCUCCGGGGCGGGAGGAGGAGGAGAGCCGCCGAGCGCCUUCCCCUGCAGACGCGAGUUAUCAAUCUGAGCUCCUCUCUCCUCUUCCUCCUCCCUUCAGCAUCAUCUGUCAUCCCGCCAACCGAACUGUUGCACCAAGGAGGGAAGUCAUCACUCUGCUCAUCCCGCCAUCCUGCACGCGCACACAUGCUUCACAUUGCCCCCCCCCCACCCCCCAACUCCUUACCCCCCAGUCAUCGCUGCCACAUUGUGUCUUGCAUACUGACUGUGGCGUUGUUCAGCCUGUGAGUUUGUCCCUCCACCACCACCAUACAUGUAUCAGCAGAGGGGUGGAGUCCAGAGUCUCCACUGUGGAAGGCCUGUCCUGGUCCAUUCAUGUUUUGUUUUUUUUAACUUGAUGAUCCUUUUAAAAAAAAUAUGUUUUUAAACUAUGUCAAUUUCAAUCUUUUUUGCGGGACUCUCAGCAGCAUGUCGUGUUCUGUACUCGCUUUCAUUCCUGCGUAACGCUUCUCAAAAACGGCACCGAACUUUUCAAAGAGUGCAGUGAUUCUCAUGUACAUACGCUUUUGCUCUUCUACACAGCUAACGGCCGGGGUUUGGUGAUCAGAACAUUUUUAAGGCAAAUGCAAAAAUGUAAUCUUUUUUUUUUUUUUUUUUGUCUUUUUUUUUUAACCUCCUCCAAUCAUUGAUUCAAACUCCUGAGAAUGUCUUGUGAGUGUGACACUACAGUCUGCAAGGUUCAACUGUUAAAAUAAUGUUCUUCCCUUUAUCGUGUCUGUAUGUGUCACUUUUUCUUUAGCUGCUGUGUUGCAUGUGGAAGGACAGAAUGUUAACUGCACAUAAAUAUAUCUAACAUUGGGGCGUCAAGAGAGGGCUCGCUCUCUGCUCAUCUCACCUUAGUUGGGGGUUUUGGUUCUCUCUGCCCCUCCCCCCGGUAAGUCCACAGUGUUGAUAGGAAACAGGAGUGUGCUUCAUGUUUCCUCCUCUUAUAGAGUGCAUGUUAUGUUUCGUUCGUGUUGAGUCGCAUGAUAACAUUGGAAUGAAUAUUUGGGAUUCUGUUUAGACAACCGUAUGUUAUGUUAGUUAGUCUGCAGCAGCUUCUGUUCAGAGCUCGGUCAACUUCCUGAAUGUGGGACUGAACUUCCUGUUCGCACAACAGGACGAGAUCAGACUUGUCAAUAGACAAAUCAUGUUGAGAAAAACUGAAGAAAAGUUUAGGGUUUGCAUUAGGAUUGCUACAGUGGUUGGUGCUACCUGUGUUGCACGUAGUUCGGGCAUACUCACAUUACAUGACCUUUUUAUACAGCGCAUAAUCCAAGCUUGGUCAUACUGGUGAAGAUAAUUUAAAACUAAGAGUGUCUCACCAUAUAGCAGCAGAUUUUAAGGAUAUUUCAUAUUUCACUUAAAGAGAAAGGAGAGGUGAUCCAGAUCUGUGACCGGAAACAUUGACCAACAAGACAAUGUUGGAAGAGCUUGUGUUAGAGAUCCCUGAACUGGCAUUCCUAACCGGUUUGCCAUCUACAGAUAUCGUUGAUAGAAAUAACAUAAAAUAUCUGGUUUAAUCGUUAACACUGUUUGUCUCAAGUGGUUAGGUAGCAUCCCCAAUCUAUGUACAAGGAAGUGUACCACUCAAAGGCCCAGUUGACCUGCCUACAACCAAUGCUUUCCUUAGUUUAGUUUAAUGGUUCCCUCUAGGCAAGGAGCCAAUCCCAGCUCCCAUGGGGCGAAAGUUGGGUUCUCCCAAUUGAGCCAUUGAUGCCUCUCUUGCAGUUGUCACAGCGGAGGUAGUACUGAUAAAAUGAGGCCACAAUAGAUACUUGAUUGGCCUGAUUCCUGAAAAGAAAGGAUGCAGACUCCCUUGAAACUAUCACACCAUCACCCCCAGCCUGGACCAGCCUGAUGUUGAUGACAACAGAUUGGUUGGUUUCAUGCAAAAUAUGGGAUUAACAAUUAUUGUGCAUCAAGGACUCCAUUGCCAACUUCCUUGCAUUCUUUGCUUCUCUUUCCUGUAAACCAAUCAAAAAUGUAAAAGACCACAUCUGACCAUGACACUGUGAGGUGAGACCCCCAUCGCUAAUCACUGCCCGCUGUAAUGACAUUGCAGUUGACCAAAUUUACAUCCAGUGGACCCUCACAGCUACAAAGAAAGAUCCAGUUAUUGUUUACUGUGUCAGAGUCAACGAAAAAACAGUACUGCCAAAGGAUGAAAAGUAUCAUCCUGGAAAUAGAAAUCCUCGUUGAAAGAUGUACUUAAUUUUCUUUUCAUUUUCUUAGUUUCAGUGGCGUCAGAUUAAUAAAGGUAGCCCCCACUUUCCUCCCCAGAAACCUCCCAAAACUCUUCCUAGUCGACCCUGAUAUGUUCCAAGACCAGAUAGUAUAUAAUCUCUGCAGCGAGAUAAAUCCAGAAUGAAGCAACAGCAAGUCAUCUGGAUCAGAAAGUUAACCACUUCAACUAUCUCUUUUGUCUUAGGUUUCACCAACCACAGCUAAUCCAAUCAUCUUCGUGCCAUAUGCGGCUUUCAGUUGACUUCAUAUGUUAUGAUAUUGCCUCUAAAACUAGACUUCUGUUCAUCUGAAUUGGAGCUUUAAAAUGAUAUAACUAUUGACAAGUCUGUUCUGAGUCACAAUGGAAGAUCUCCAGUUCAAGAAACAGGGAGUUAAAGGAUCUCUGAACCGUUUCUGGACCGUCUCUCUGUGUUUAAGACAAAUCUUAGUACCAACUCUGAAGUUUUUGUUCCUGUAUUUGUCAAGAGUUUCAGGAACAUAAACUCAAUCAGUGACAUUGCACAGCUGGCAGAGGAGAAGGUGUUCAAUCAUCAUCCCUCUCUGCUCUGCUGUGAUUGAUUAACAGUCGUCAGUGUGGUUGCCACGCUGAGGUUUAUGGGAGACUGAUGAUGUCACCAGUCGGCCUGUAGAGUAAAACCCACUGUGUGUCAGUGCUGCCGCUCAGUACUUCUUGCCUGCCGUUGUCCACAGAUUACUGUCUUAAAAGAAGAAGGAAUCAUCUACCAAUCAGAGGCAGUGAUGAGUCUAAUCCCCUCUUAGUCCAACUAGUAACCAUCAAGCUAUCUUUGAACUAGGACACGUUAUUGAAGUAAUGUGCUACUACUGCCAUAUUUCCAACUUUCCUGUCACAACUAGGUUCUUCCUCUCCCCUCUGAUGAGCUUUUUCUAUGUAACUCAGAGCCAUAUUUUAUAGGUUGUCUGUAUUGUUUUUUAUCUCAUUGUUAUCAAGGUUUCCUUUGGACUUUCCUAACCCCAACCCCAAUCCUUCCCCCUCCUCCUCCUCCCCUGGCCCUUUACUCCAAACACGACCAAAAAAGCAAGGAGAAAAUCUUCAGUCGUCACUGCCGAACCAAGUUUAAAGGACCUCUACAAUGUUUACAUGAAAAGCAAGUGGAUGGCAGUUCGCCUGCGCUUCUCUCAUCCGACCACUUCCCUUUCAUUCCCUUGCUUUCCUGAAUCUUAGAGUUACUAUUUAACUAAAUGGGGAAUCUUUCUUGCAUGGUUUUCAUAUAAAAUUCAAUGUUUUGCUCAUUUUUUACAAUUCUUCUGUAUUUUUAUAUUAAGUACUUUUUAAUAUUUUGGAGAUAUAUGAAUAUAUAUGUAUAGGCUGAAAAGUUUGGUGACAGUACAGUACAUGAAUGAGAUUAAUCUAACGUGGACUCUGUCUUUUUACAGCUCUCUAAAUAUUUAUGCCACGUGUGUCGUCACCUAAUGUUAGGGCUCAGAAACCUGCAGUGACUUGUUUACUUCCUGUCGGCCAUCCAAUUGGAAUCCCAACAAUUUUAUUCUCAUCAGCCCCCCUUUAAUUGAGUAUAAUCACUUUAUCUAAGAUGUUGUGAUACACUACAGCCUAUGUGAUUUUGCAGUUAUCCAACUCCAGUAGAGUUCAGCCAAUGCAACGUGAAUACAGCUAACUGUAUCAAACAUUAAAUGGGAGUGUAUAAUUAUUUAUCCAACCUCUGGGUAUCUUUGUUUCUGUACUUUGAAGCUACUACGACUGAUUUCUUUGAAUGAGUGGAAUGAUUCUGUUUUCUAACUGACUGAUGUCAGAGCUGGUGACUUUAAAGAGGAUCAAAGCUGUGUCCCGACUCGGGCUCCGCCUCCUUUUAAAGUCCAGAAAGAUUUCUGAUCCCUCAGAUGGACCAAAAAACAGAAACCUUAGAACCAAAGCAGAGCCGGCCCGAGUCAUAAAAUAAACCCAUGAGCUGCUUUAAGACCCCAAGCCAGGAAGUCAAAGAUGAACCAGGAAUAAAAUAUUUUCCUGAACUGGGUGUGCAUAAAGUCUGUAGGCUCUAACCCAAAAGACCCAGUCAAACUGUCAAAGGAUGAUUGGAUCUGCUCAAUAUGAAUUACCAAUGGUGGUGUAUUGAAGAAGAUUCAACUAGGGAUUGAGAAACGGAUUCUAAAUAUUCUACAUCUUUUUGAAACAACAAAAGUCGCCAUGUACUGGCAAUUAGAAACAAUGCAGGCUUAAGGCACUUCCUCGUUGGUAUUACCUUUAAAACCAGAGGAUACGUCCAUUUUUUUUAUACAUUCAAUGUCCUAACUGGACUGACCAAUUUAUAAAUUUAGCUUGACUUGGGUCUUUGGUUGGAUCUUGUUGCUAAAAAAAUUAUAGGACCAAUAAAAACUGCCAAAUGAAAUGUGGAGUCUUUUUGAAGAACCAAUGUUAACUCUUUCUUUAGAUUUUUUGUAUUUAAAGCAACACCAACAUUUUGCUUUGACUAAUGCUAUCUUCAAAAACAGUUUUGGAACUAAUUUGCACACUGGGGGGUAAGGGGGCUUAGUGGGUUGUCUUGCCCAAACUCGAGGCUCUAAAAAAGCUUGGGUCGGCCCUGGAUUGAAGGUUUUGUUGACCAAAUUCUGGCCAAAGAAAGAUCAGGAAGCCACAUUUUUUAAGCUUCAGUCUUGAUAUUUAAUUCGGUCAUGAAAUAUCAAGAAUUAAAGGAGGCGGAGCCAGGGACAGGACAUGCAGAUGUAGACGUCAUUGCCAUUUUGUACCAACUACAAACUUAAAAAAAAAACACUUUUUGGGAAGAGAGCGGGACUGUUAAAGCGCUUGUGACAUCACUUCCUCUUCCUGCAGGGUGUCUGUUUGUCUGUGAAUGAGACACACACCGUCAAAACGAUGACGCUUUUCCUCUUUGUUUUGUUGAAUGAAUUGACAGAACACCUGUGCUCCUCCAGUCAGUACAAUGUAAAUAUUGUCAUAUACAUGAAUGAAGUGUACCUGCUGUCUGUGUCCGUGAUGGGAAACGGGAGAGGGGGCAAUCAGCCAAUCAUCACCCAGCAAAGCUUUAAGAAUGUUCUGCCAAAGUCGUUUUUUUGUUUUUUUUCUUCCUUCUGCACAAGUUUGAUAGAAAAUUUGCUGCCACAUGCCCCCUUCCCUUCCUCCUGCUUGGAUACGAUUGUCCCUCUGCUCUUGCCAUAGCCUCAGUGUGGCUGUGGUGGUCGUCUGUUGGACUGGUUGGACUGGUUGCCCUCAAAUCUCAUGCCAGGCGCACAGUACAGCCUCGCCAUCAGAGACGCUCCAGGCCUGUUUGUGCUUCUGGUUUAAUGAAUAAAAAGUCCGGACGAGACUAAGCAGCGGACUGAAAAUAUUCACCUGCUUUUAGGUUCAAUUUGUCUUGGAGUUUAAAGGAAUCUCCGUUUGCCACAGUUUUCCAACCUGGACUUCUGCAAGGCGAAGGAACUCACUUCUGAUCAUUGUCAUGUCAUUGUUGCGUUUUGACUGCUUCCUCUUCAGAGCGCUGCCUUUUCUCGAAACAGCACCUGUCAUCGGAUUUUUAAGGAAUUCUUUGGAGAACCUUGGCAUCCACCUCAAGAAUCAUGAUUUAAAAAAUGGUCCAAACGAACUGGAAUAGUUGGAAAAGUCAUAACCACUUAACAUAUAUAUCUAUAUAUUUAUACACUAUCUCUAUAUAUUUAUAUCUAGUAUGCAUAUAUGUUUGUAUAUAUAUAUUAGAUAUAAGUACAUAGACAUAUAUAUGGUUUGAACUUCAUUGCAAAAAAGACUGAAAAAGUUGUUUUCUGUAAUUACUAUGAUACACAGUAAUAGGCGUUGGUGUUAUUUUUGUAUAAACAUAAUAUCAUCUAUGUGGCAUGCAUGACAUAUAUACAAAAAUUUGGUGGUUUAAAGCAAUAUGUCCAACCUGGUGCGAUUGGUUCUGUCGUGUUCUGUGUAGCCUAAAGCCACUCUGUGCGAAAAAGAGAUAAAAAAAAAAAAAAAGAGAAACUGCAUUUGGAUAAAACUAACUGUUCAGUAUACGUGUUCAAUGUUCUGUGUUCUGCAUGUUUUAGUAUGGAAUGAAACAUCCCUAAAUUUCGACUUGUUUUUCCAAAUGAAUCUCAAAUACACGCCCCAAACACGCGCAACAUUACCAACACACAGACACACACAUACACUCACACACUUACAUGUAUUUGCACUGUGAGGUGAAACACACUGAGGAAAUUAAAACUGUGUGACUUCUGA